UUUUAACCCAAAGAAAAUUCUAAUCCCCUUUAUCCCUCUAAAUUUGGAGGAAAAAAAAAACAAAUUCCAUGGAAUUUCAAUCUGUUACAAUCUCCAAUUCCUUCUCCGAUUCUGUUUCUUCCAAAUCCCCCAAAUCCCCCUCCUUAUAUAUCUCUAAUUCCUCCCCUAUUCCUUGUCUCUAAUCCAUCAAUUUUCCCCCUCUUUUUCGAUUUAGUAUAUUCAAUCAAUCUCUUCUCAUUAUGGGUUUCAAAUCUCUCUUCUCCCGUAAGAAGAAAUCCCAUCCCUCCACCGAUUCUCCCCUUGGAUCUACCACCCUUCCCAUUUUCGGAUCCCGUACCCAAAUCGCCGAACUCGAGCAAGUUUUCAACAAAUUCGAUGUCAAUGGCGACGGUAAGAUCUGUUCCUCUGAACUCGGAUCUAUUAUGGGUAGCCUAGGUCAGCCCGCCACCGAGGAAGAGCUUCACAACAUGAUUAAGGAGGUCGAUGCCGACGGCGAUGGCUACAUUGAUCUUGAUGAGUUCAUCGAACUCAACACUAAGGGCGUUGAUUCCAAUGAGGUGCUUGAGAAUCUGAAAGACGCCUUCUCUGUUUACGAUAUUGACGGAAACGGAUCCAUCACUGCCGAGGAAUUGCACGAGGUUUUGAAAAGCUUGGGCGAUGAUUGCUCCUUGGCGGAUUGCCGGAAGAUGAUUACCGGCGUUGAUAAGAACGGCGACGGUAUGAUUAGUUUCGAUGAAUUUAAAGUGAUGAUGAUGAGCGGUUCUCGAUCGCACGGGUUUAAUGGUUAAUUAUAUUAAAUUAAUCCUAAUUGAUGAUUUUAUGAGUAAUUAGCUUAUUUUGCUAACAUUUACUGUUUCUUUAUCCUAUAAUUAGGAAUUAUUUGUUUGUAAUUUAUUUUUAAUUAUAAUUCAAAGCAAAAUUGAGUAGAAAAUGCUUUUUAUAAAAAAAAAAUAAAAAAAAGUACAAUUAAUUAAUUGGGUUGUUUGGAAGGUAA